AUGCCACAUCCCAAAUUUGUGGACAGCGGGUUUUCGCGAUUCGACGCUAAUCAAGGAUUACUAGGCGAUUGCUGGUUUGUUGCCGCUGUGGCGAACCUAACGCUCCAUGAGGACCUUCUUUUCAGAGUUGUGCCAUUGGAACAGGGUUUCGAAGGAGACUAUUGCGGAAUAUUUUAUUUUCACGUUAAUAAACUUUAUAAAUUUGGCAUAAGGCAGAAUAUGUUUUGGCAGUAUGGCGAAUGGAUUGACGUAUGCAUUGACGAUCGAUUACCAACUAUCGACGGUGAAUUGGUUUUCAUGCAUUCCACCCAGAAGGCAGAAUUUUGGCCAUCGUUGCUCGAGAAGGCAUAUGCAAAGCUGUGCGGCUGCUACGAAAACCUUCACUUUGGCACAGGGGCUGAAGCAAUGGAAGAUUUGACUGGGGGCAUUGUGGAAAUAUUUGAUCUCAGAAUGUUUGGACCAACAGCUGGACUGCAGUUUUCUGAUGGUCAUGAAAACCAAGAGCCAGGUGAACUUAUUUUACCAAAUGGACUUGUUCAAAGGCACGAAUUUGGCAUCACAGAUGUCAAAACGCUGAAACUGUCUUCAUAUUGGUACAAUGUUCCUCGCGAAGUUGAACUACUCAGGAUCAGGAAUCCUUACGGCGACGAAGUGGAAUGGAAAGGCGCGUGGAGUGAUGGUUCUUCACAAUGGGAGCUGGUCUCUGAAAAUGCCAAAUACGAAUUGGGCCUGAAAUUUGCGGCUGAUGGCGAAUUUUGGAUGAGCUUCGAGGAUGUUAAACUUCAUUUUCAUAGCCUGAUGAUAUGUCACGCGUGCAAUCCUGAUCAUACGUGUCGCUCAAGCAGAAAUGUCCAAAGCUGCGACGAACUCUGUAAAAAUUGGAAAUUGUUCACUUUUCAUGGUGCCUGGGUCAGAGGAAAAUCGGCUGGAGGCUGUCCUGAAGACUUAAAUUCGUUUGUGAUCAACCCUCAGUAUCAGUUCGAAAUCAGUGAAGACCUGAACCACGGAACAGAGAAACCAAGCAACUGUAUUAUAGCUCUUAUGCAGAAGUAUCGUCGACUGGAGUCAAGCAGUCCUACGUUUCGUUAUUAUCACAUUGGGUUUCUGGUUUAUAAGGUCGAUGAGCCAUCCCUUUUCGAUCACGUUCUUAAAGUUGAUUUCUUUCGGAAUCGCAGACCGGUAUCGAAACAUUUUGGAUUCGAAAACACCCGAGAGGUUUAUCAGCGUCUUUGCUUGGAAAAGGGUCGUUAUGUUGUUGUACCGUGUACCAUUGAAAAGGACUUGAAUUGCAAAUUUCUACUUAGAAUUUACGCGAACAAGCUUUAUGCAAAGUGAAU